AUGGAAAAAGAUAGUUAUUAGUUCUUAUAGUAGUUUUAUCCAUUCCAUAUGGAAAUGAGGGACUAAUUAGAAUUUACUCCUCAUUAAGCAAUUGCUGGAUGUGAGGGAUGCAAAAAGAAUAUUUAUUUAAAACCAAAUUAACAUUGUUUAUCAGGAGGUAGGUAUUGUGCAACUGAUCCUGAUGGUGAUGGUAUUUUGAAUGGCUAAGAUGCUGUAAGAGAGAUCUUAAGAUAAUUAUGCAUAUUCAAAUAAGAUCAAAUUAAUUGGUGGAAGUAUAUUAUAAAAUACAGCAAUCUAUGUUUAUCAAAAAUGUAUUCUCCUUUUUUGCUCAACUGA